AUGUCAGAGGAACCCAAGCCGAAGCGCAUUCGAGCGGUAAUCGAAGAAACGGAAAAAGAUCAAACCGAGUACAUCUUCUACGCGAUGGGUAAGAAUGUUUUUAUGUUCAUGAUCGGAGGAGUCAAAGUGCCGAUGACCAUCGACUCGGGAGCGGACGCCAACAUCAUUAACCGAGAGAUAUGGGAACAAAUGAAAGAAGCAGGUGCAUUUAACUACGAGGUAGAACAUAUACCAGGUUCUGCCAAUAUCGCCGAUUCGCUUUCCCGGUUAACAACGUCUUCCCCUGAUCCGAUCGACAAAACUACGCAAGGAUAUGUACGAACUGUUGCGGAACAAGCGGUGCCGGUAGCAAUGACCUUCAACGAAAUCGCCAAUGAGACGAAGAAUGACGAUGAUCUUCAAGCAGUGAUAAAGGCUCUGGAGAUUGGUCGUUUUGAGGAGUUCCCAAAGGACUAUAACCCAUACGAGACCGAGUUAUGCAGCGUCGAUGGAAUACUACUCAGAGGAAGGCGUAUAGUUGUCCCAACAGUAUUGAGAGAUCGAGUAAUAAGCUUGGCCCACGAAGCCCAUCCAGGUAUUGCAGCAAUGAAGCGGCGUUUGCGACAAAAGGUCUGGUGGCCGUUGAUGGACAAAGCAGUGGAAAGCUGUGUCAAACGGUGUAAACAGUGCACGCUAGUCUCGUCGCUUGGGGUUCCGGAACCACUCCGUAGAACUAGAAUGCCAAUCAAACCGUGGAUUGACAUAGCGGUGGAUUUCAUGGGGCCAUUGCCUUCUGGUCACAACCUUUUUGUCAUAGUUGAUUAUUUCAGCAGGUUCACCGAAGUGGUAGUUAUGAAGCAGAUCACGGCAAGACACACCAUCCAAGCCCUUCACGAAUCUUUCUGCAGAUUUGGCGUUCCGGAAACCAUAAAGGCGGAUAAUGGUCCACAAUUCAUUAGUGAGGAGUUGAAAGCAUACUGUCGAGAAUACGGCAUUCAGCUUCGCAGAACCACGCCCUAUUGGCCGCAAGCUAAUGGAGAGGUGGAGCGAGCGAACAAAACUAUCCUAAAGCAUCUGAAAAUAAGCCAAGAAGCUGGAAGUGAGGACUGGAUUUGGGACUUACGUACCUUCCUACUUAUGUACAACUCCACUCCACAUGCUACAACCGGAGAAGCACCAUCGGUGCUUAUGUUCGGACGAGUCUUGCGUGACAAGCUGCCGGGAAUCGAUCAUAGAAGAAUGCUUUUGGAUGAGGAGGAGGUACGCGACAAGGAUUGGACCAACAAACUCAAGGACGCUGAGUAUAGCAACGCCCGCCGCCAUGCAAAGCCCUCCGAGUUCAAGGAAGGAGACACCGUGGUGGCUAAAAGAAUGUGCAAAUCGAACUAG